CGUUAGUUUGUUUUAAAGAAACGUCAAGUAGUUUUAUUCGCUUAGCCACGUCGGACGUUGACGAUAGCCGAUAGGGUUCAACGACGAUUUGCCUCUGAUGAUAAUUUCGAACUUCGAGUGAAUUGCAGAAAAAAAUCAGUAGAGCUUUAGUAAGGAUACAAAAAUGGCGGUGACGAUUUCGACGAAUGCUUUCGUAAAUGCAUCGCUUUUAGAUGAAAGUCGGAAUUCUUUCUGGAGACCAUUGUUUCAUCAGCCAUACUAUAAUUGCCGACGAGUCGUUCGUCUUAAUUCGAGGAAAUUGAAUUCAAAGGUAAUGUUUUGCUUGAAUUUGAACACGAAGGAGGUUGGUUUGCAAAAACCCGGUGAUAAAGGUUUUGAAUUCAAACCCAGUUUUGAUCAGUACCUGCAAAUCAUGGAAUCGGUUAAAACAGCAAGGAAGAAGAAGAAAUUCGACAGAUUGAAAGUUGAGGAAGAUGAUGGUGGAGGUGGGAAUGGUGAUAGUGUUUAUGAAGUGAAAGAUAUGAAGAUUAAGAGUGGUGAGCUAAAAGAUGAAACUUUCAGGAAGAGAUACUCAAGGCAGGAGAUUGUAAGUGAUAAACGUAAUGAGAGAGUUUUCAAGAGGAAUGGAGAAAUUGAAAAUCAUAGAGUGGCUACAGAUUUGAAAUGGAGUAAGAGUGGUGAAUCUUCAGUGGCUCUGAAAUUGAGUAAGAGUGGUGAAUCUUCAGUGACUGUGCCUGAAGAUGAGAGUUUCAGGAAAAGGUACUCUAAGCAGGAGUAUCACCGUUCCUCUGAUACAUCGAGAGGGAUUGAAAGAGGUUCGAGAGGUGAUGAAUUGGAUCUUGUUGUUGAAGAAAGGAGAGUUCAGAGAAUAGCCAAAGAUGCAAGAUGGAGUAAAAGUCGUGAAUCUUCAGUGGCUGUGAAAUGGAGUAAUAGUGGUGAAUCUUCAGUGACUAUGCCUAAAGAUGAGAGCUUUAGGAGAAGAUACUCUAAGCAGGAGCAUCACCGUUCCUCUGAUACAUCCAGAGGGAUUGCAAGAGGUUCAAAAGGUGAUGAAUUGGAGCUUGUUGUUGAAGAAAGGAGAGUUCAGAGAAUAGCCAAAGAUGUAAGAUGGAGUAAGAGUGAUGAAUCUUUAGUGCCUGUGUCAGAAGAUGAGAGUUUCAGGAGAGGGAAUCCGAAGCAGGAGAUGGUGAGGUAUCAGCGUGUCUCUGAUACAUCGAGAGGGAUUGAGAGAGGUUCCAAAGGAGAUGGAUUGGAUCUUCUUGCUGAAGAAAGGCGGAUUGAGAGAUUAGCCAAUGAGAGGCAUGAGAUAAGAAGUAGCAAAUUGAGUGGAACCAGGAGAAUUGGUGCUAAGAGAAAUGAUGAUGAUGAUGAUAGCUUGUUUGCCAUGGAAACUCCUGCCUUUAGGUUUUCUGAUGAGUCCAGUGACAUAGUGGACAAGCCAGCUACUUCACGAGUCGAAAUGGAAGACAGAAUCGAGAAGUUAGCAAAAGUGUUGAAUGGUGCAGACAUCAAUAUGCCUGAGUGGCAGUUUUCCAAGGCGAUCAGGAGUGCAAAAAUCAGAUAUACGGAUUACACAGUAAUGAGACUGAUCCACUUUCUAGGGAAACUAGGAAACUGGAGACGAGUUCUUCAAGUCAUUGAGUGGCUUCAAAGGCAAGACCGUUACAAAUCUAACAAGAUAAGAAUCAUCUAUACAACUGCACUAAAUGUUCUUGGUAAAUCAAGGAGGCCUGUGGAAGCUCUCAAUGUAUUCCACGCUAUGCUGUUACAAAUUUCAUCAUAUCCGGAUAUGGUAGCAUACCGUUCAAUUGCAGUCACACUUGGACAAGCUGGGCAUAUCAAGGAACUCUUCUAUGUGAUUGACACAAUGAGGUCUCCACCUAAAAAGAAGUUCAAGCCAACAACACUUGAAAAAUGGGAUCCCCGGCUUGAACCAGAUGUUGUUGUUUACAAUGCGGUGCUCAACGCAUGUGUUCAACGAAAGCAAUGGGAAGGAGCAUUCUGGGUAUUGCAACAGUUGAAGCAACGAGGGCAAAAACCUUCUCCUGUAACCUAUGGCCUCAUCAUGGAGGUAAUGUUAGCAUGUGAGAAGUACAAUUUAGUUCAUGAAUUCUUCAGGAAGAUGCAGAAAUCUUCUAUCCCUAAUGCUCUAGCAUAUAGAGUUCUUGUUAAUACUCUAUGGAAAGAAGGUAAAAGCGACGAGGCCGUACAUACGGUUGAGGAUAUGGAAAGCCGUGGUAUUGUUGGAUCAGCUGCUCUUUACUACGACCUUGCUCGCUGUCUAUGUAGCGCAGGAAGGUGUAAUGAAGGGCUCAAUAUGCUUAAGAAGAUAUGUAGAGUUGCAAAUAAACCUCUCGUGGUGACUUACACUGGCCUGAUCCAAGCAUGCGUCGACUCGGGAAACAUCAAGAAUGCAGCUUACAUCUUCGAUCAGAUGAAGAAGGUCUGCAGCCCUAACCUAGUCACUUGCAACAUAAUGCUAAAAGCUUAUCUACAAGGCGGAUUGUUUGAAGAAGCAAGGGAACUUUUCCAGAAGAUGUCAGAAGACGGAAAUCAUAUAAAAAACAGCUCGGAUUUCGAAUCAAGAGUAUUGCCAGACACGUACACGUUCAACACGAUGCUAGACACGUGUGCUGAACAAGAAAAGUGGGAUGAUUUUGGUUAUGCGUAUCGGGAGAUGUUGCGUCAUGGAUACCAUUUCAAUGCGAAACGCCAUCUCAGAAUGGUACUUGAAGCUAGCAGAGCAGGAAAGGAGGAGGUGAUGGAAGCGACAUGGGAACACAUGAGACGAAGUAAUAGAAUUCCGCCAUCGCCUCUAAUCAAAGAAAGAUUCUUCAGGAAACUCGAGAAAGGCGAUCAUAUUUCGGCUAUAUCAUCUCUUGCUGAUCUUAAUGGAAAAAUUGAGGAGACUGAGUUACGAGCAUUUUCAACUUCCGCAUGGUCCAGAGUCUUGUCCCGAUUUGAGCAAGAUUCAGUUUUGAGGUUAAUGGACGAUGUGAACAGACGCCUAGGUUCGAGAAGUGAGUCUUCGGAUUCGGUUUUGGGGAAUCUAUUGAGUUCUUGUAAAGAUUAUCUGAAGACCAGAACACAUAACUUGUAAGUUAGCUAUUUGCCAAUCUAAUGUUAUAAGAAUGAAUAUAUAUAUAAAUGGUAUCGAUCAAAUAUGAGAAUGUCAGUUAUUUUGAUGAUCUAAUAAGUAUGGAUAGAUGCAUGGUGCUUGCAAGCAAACCCAUAAUAUGGAUAUUGUAAUGGAGAGAGCAAAGAUUGCUACUAGAAUUCAAAAAUAAUUGUGUAAUUUUGGAAUGUG